GAAAGGCAAAUAGGGCAAUGGCUUCCCUUGGACGCACGCUAUAUUGGAGCGGGCGGGAAUCGCCCUUCAGGAUCCAAAAGACGUUGUGCUGCCGUGAAUCUUCGAGAUUCGCUGAAGGAAGGAGUGCCGCUUAAAUGCUUAUUAUUGAUGAAUCCGUUUAAGAAAGAACUAGAGGUUGUUCUUCCAUUCCAUUCCAUUCCAUUCCUGUUGAUACGGGAGAAAGUAGUCCGAUCUUUAGAAAACCUCCGCCGCCGCCGGCCGGCAAUAGUGUCGAUGUGAUCUUGUGAAGUAAAAAUAACCCACCAAUUCACCAAAGGCCCAACAAAGCGACCGCAAUGAUAAUUACAGUCUCUAGGACGCGCUUACCCACCUUGCUGAGGAUUGCGGCAUCUCACGAGUCAUUUUCCAGACUCCGUUUACUCUUUUCUAUUUCCGCCGCAACACAGCGUGCCCGGAAUUUCUUCUCCGACGACACCCACAGCGAGGAAAGCGCGGUAUACAAACACACCCUCAAGUUCCAGAAGCCAUCCACCAUACCACACACUCCCAAGAUCCAUAACUCUGUCAGUUGCAUCGGAACAGUCGAUUUUCCUCUCGAGAGAAUCAACACCCCCAGCGGCUCGUUCGGUGUCCAUACUUUUCUCAGCGUCUCAACCUCUAUUUUGUUCAAACCUUCUUUCAAGAUUAAGCUGAAGAUGUGGGAUAACGUGGCUGAACUCUUAAUGAAGCAUCUAAAGCAGAACGAUUUGAUUUAUGUUUGGGGUCACUUAUUUUCAUUUGCUAUGGAUGGCCCGGCAGGAAAUCCAAGGGUGUUUCACGAGGUAAUUGUCAAGGAAUUUAAUUUUGUUACUAGACUUGAUAAGGCCUCUACCUGCCAGGAAAACAAGAAAACAGAAUUUAGUGCUGAAGAUCGGCAGGAGAUGCGCAGAAGUCGGCUUCAUUUAUGGCAAGUGUUCUUCAGCAAUCCAGAUGAGUGGUGGGACAAUAGGAGGCAAAAGGUAAAUUACAAAGGUCCAGAUUUUAAGCACAAGCAUACUGGUGAAGCGCUGUGGCUCAAGCAGGAUGAUCCACCAUGGGUUAGAAGACAACUUGAGUUGCAGGAUUCUAAAUCUGUUGAUACAGAUUCAGGAAAUUUACAAGUUUAUCCCUUGACAUAUGAAUGAUUAACUGAGCAUUUUCUCCGGUACAUAGGUGCAUAUUGUAUUAUUCUUUUUACUUGUUUCAUCAUUUACUAUAAGUGCGUGCAUGACCAAAG